AUGCUUGUUAAUAGAACGACCCUAUUAAUUGCGACCUUAAUUCUCAUACUUUCUUUGUUUGAUUGCGGACAAUAUGAGUUAAAGAACAGUUUCGAGAUAAAAACUACUAUUUCUUUCAUUAAUUUAAGAGCGUCCAGAUUCCGGAAACUUUUGGGUAGGUGUUUUGGUUGUUGCGGAGGAAAAUGCAAGAGAAAGGGAGGCAGAGGAAAAAAGAAAACGUUUCCUACCCUACCACCACCACCGGCCCGUUCGUGCUUGAAGAAAAAAAACGGAUUUAAUGGCACUGGUGAAUCAUGCCAAUCUUCAGAAGGUGGUGCUGGACGAGAGAAGCCCAGGAAACAAGUGAGAUUUAGUACAGGAGGAAUGCGAUCUAUACCUGGAGGGUUGCCUUCUCCAACUGCGCCACCACUUAGGGUGAUGAUGGGAUUAGAAAAGCCCACACCUUUAAGAAAUAGGAGUGAAGAUUGA